UUACCACUAAACAGUGUACAAGUGGGACAGAGGACGUGGAGUAGAGCACUGGAGCUCCCAGACAGUGUUUUCUGGGCCGAAAGAAGAAGAAGAAGAAGAAAAGGAAGGGGGCGUAGGAGGAGUAGGAGUGGGGGGGACGUUUUGUGGGCUGUUGCAGCAUCAUCAGUCUUGUCUGCAAAACUUUUAAGCGACAGUCGGCUUGUAUGAGUGGAGCUGGACAAGGCGGGAAUGGAGAAGCACAAAGUGCUGGACCAGCUCCUCGUGGAGCUCCAACAAUUCCUGCUCAUCCUGGACAAAGAGAACCUGAGCGGGAAUGCUACCAUCCAGAAGGGUUUGCUCUCAGACCUCCUGCAGUCUUACAGCACAUCUAACGGUGCCGAUGAGGAGUACAUCUACAUGAAUAAAGUGGUCGUCGGAGGGAAGGAAAAGCAAGAAAAAGAUGACAGAAUAGAUGACCUGGUCAAUGGAAAAGCGAGCAAACAUGCGCCUGUCCCACAGAAGAGCCUUCCAAACCUGCCACCCCCAAGAACGGGCGUCCUGACUCGGGAGCCUUUUCCCCUUCCUGUCGUUCCGGCACAGAACACCUUGGAAACAUCAGAGAGUUACUACGAGGAGGCUCAGCCUUAUGAGGAAACUAUCAAUGAGGAUGGCGAGGCGGUCAGCAGCUCGUACGAGUCCUACGACGAGGAGGAAGUGAUGAGGGGGAAGUCGGCGCAGCACCAGUGGCCAUCGACUGAGGCGUCCAUCGAACUGAUGAAGGAUGCUCGCAUCUGCGCCUUCCUGUGGAGGAAGAAGUGGCUGGGCCAGUGGGCCAAGCAGCUGUGUGUCAUCAGAGAGCACCGUUUACUGUGCUACAAGAGCUCCAAGGAGCAGACGCCAUUGCUGGAUGUGAGCCUGCUGGGCUGCAGCGUCACCUACAAAGAGAAGCAGCUGAAGAGGAAGGAGCACAAGCUGAAGAUCGUGCCCGUCGGAGGGGAGGCCAUUGUGCUGGGACUGCAGAGCAAGGAGCAGACAGAGCAGUGGCUCCGGGUGAUCCAGGAGAUCAGCCCCAAGCCGACAGAGAACGGUGACGUCCAGCAUUCGGUUUCCGACUCCCCCAGGCUCAUUUGCACCAAGGGGGAGGUCGGUGAGCGAUACUCAGUGGCUUCAGAAAGUGGCAGCAGCACCGACAGUCAUGCAGAGACUCCCGAGACCAAAGAUGUGAAGAAAAAAUACAGCACAGGUUUGAAGUUCAGCAACCUCAUGAACAUUGGAAAGAAAAAGGCGUCAUCGUUGGAGAAUGCAGAGAAAUGCGUCGAUACUUCGGGCUACCUCAACGUGCUGGUGAACAGUCAAUGGCGAACCUGCUGGUGUCUCAUCAAGAAUGGGCAGUUGUGGUUCUAUCAGGACAAGAACAAGACCAAAGUGAGCCAGCCCGCUGUAACGCUGGAAGGCUGCCAGGUUUCGCCCGACCCCAGCCCAGAACACCUGUACUCCUUCCGGAUUGACAUGGAUGGCACACAGCUUGCAACCCUGGAGGCAAAGACGUCAGCGGUCAUGGGCCACUGGCUUGGUCUCCUGCUAUCACAGACGGGCAGCAAGACCGACCCAGAAGAGCUGACCUACGACUACGUCAAUGCCGAGAGGAUCUCCAGCAUCGUCAACGCAGCCAAGACGUCCUUGUACUUAAUGCAGAGGCGGUACUCCGAGCCCAACGCCUACAUCGACGCUCUGCCGUCCGUCCCUCAGAACCAGGAGGAACUGUAUGAUGAUGUGGCAUCUCUAGCUGAUCCGGAGGAUGCUGUGGAUGGCAGUCCACCACAGGGUGAGGAAACGGAUGGAAACUUUGAGGAAACGUCUGCUCAGGAUCAAAAAGACCCAGUGGCUACAGAUUCAGACCCUGAAAACAGAGUCUACCUAGACCUGGUCCCUGUGCGCUCUUUCUUGCAUACAGUAGGUGGGGGGAAGGAGUCGCAAGCACAAGGAUCCAGAGAUGCCUCAGAGGAACGCAAGGACCCUUCUAGUCACAUUAAAGAGGUCAGUUCAACAAACCCACCUGAGCCAGCACCGGCCUUGAACUCCCCCAGUUCCAUUUCCUCAACCACCAAAGCAGAGGAAGAGACCAUCCAGACUCCCACCCAGUCUCGGCCCCAAACACCACCAAAUGCCAAAACUCUGCCUCAAAGCCAGGAUCCUGCCAAGAGGACCUUCCUCUCCUCUGGGGUCCACAAAGGCCUAGCUCCACAGGCCAGCACUGGGUUCUCUCUUAGUGCUCAAACGCCACGACCUAAAGCGUACAGCACAGGCUGCCCCGGUGCUGUCGAGGGGAAGCUGGGCAAAAACCGCACAGAGGCUGACCUGCGGCGCUACAUCGACGAACGUGACCGUCUGGAGAAGGACCGUGAGGAGGUGAGAAGCAGCCUCGCCGGCCUGAAAAAGGAAAGGCGGGAAACCAAAGAGGAACUCAGCGCCUGCCAAGAUCCCAAACAGCAGGCCUCACUGGAAGCUCGGCUGAAGCAGAUGGAAGAGGCGAGUCGGGAAGCGGAGCACCGGCGCGUGGAGGUGGAGCUGCUGCUUGUGGAGGUGAAGGAGAGCCUGAAGAAGGUGGAAGCCGGGCCGUUCACACUGGGGACCACACUGGACUGCAGCCUCCAGGACACGGCUAGAACAGUGAGCAUGCCUCCUGCACAAACUUCAUCACUGCCACCAUCCUCAUCAACAUCAACAUCCCAAGCGCCCAGCAGCCCCACCACCACCACCACCAGUGUAGACCCUGGAUCGCCUGUCAAUUCAGCAUCUGCACUGAAGAACAGACCAGCCUCCAUCAUGGCCACUAAAGGCAAAGUGCUGCAGAAAGCCAAAGAGUGGGAAAGGAAGUCCACCACGUAAAACAAAGCAAGCUCAAAGGGUCCAGUUUGGUAGUCCUCAACUGUUUCCACCAAGUGGUACAGAUUGUUCCAGUACUGUUCUGGCUUGUGUUUCCACUGUAAACCAAAAGGACAACAAUGGAGGAAACAGCAUUUUGUGUGACUGCAGUGUAGCUCCACCUACCAGUACUAAAAAGUGGUUCUGUACCCCUUGCUUCCUGUGAUAGUUGAACCAAACUGUACUCCUUAGUGGAAACAGCACUUACUAUCAUAAAAAUCCUCCUCCUCCUGCUUUGCAUCCUCUUCGAACCACUGGAAAAGAGCUCAAAAAAGGAGGGCAUUUAAAUGCAGUAGCAUUCCGGCCAGUCGACUCGUUUAUCCUUCUUCGAACACUGAAAAAGCAUCUAAAGUUUGAAACCACUGAUGGGCUAGGAGUCAUCCUGGGGAUUGUAGUUGUAGCUUGGUUCAACAUAUGCUGGUAGCCAAGAUGUACAUAUAUUUACGCCACUUAUUCAGCCUUUUUAGGUAAGUUUGCUAGCUAAAAAUGCACUUUUUAUUCAAAUAAAUAUGUACUGACAACGAAGGUUGGCUGAGCAUCACGGUUUUUCUUU